AUAUUUUAUUACGGUACAAUGCGAUCUUCCGUUCAGCCGUGCGUUCUAACUUCUAUUCGUAUUCCGUGCCAGUCGUAUCCGUCAGCCUCUUAAGUUGUGUAGUCGUUUAUCCGUAACUAGUAAUAUUUUCGGGCUAAUAAAAAUAAAUAAACUUAAAAAAAAAAACACGUAAACGUGCCAAAAAAAUUUAAUAAACAAAUAUUACGAGUCCGCGGUCCGUGCGAAAAUUUCCCGUCGACAUAAACAACCCAACGGGUACUAUAAAAUAGUUUAAUCGUAAACUCUUUUUACACACCCACACGACGACCGACACCGUUCAGACAUGGCAAAGAAGACGUACGAUCUGCUGUUCAAACUGUUGCUGAUCGGCGAUUCGGGCGUGGGCAAGACUUGUAUACUGUUCAGGUUUUCGGAUGACGCGUUCACCACGACGUUCAUAUCGACAAUCGGAAUUGAUUUCAAAAUUAAAACUGUUGAACUCCAAGGAAAGAAAAUUAAACUUCAAAUAUGGGAUACGGCCGGUCAGGAGAGAUUCCAUACAAUAACAACUUCGUACUAUCGGGGAGCUAUGGGUAUAAUGUUGGUGUACGACAUAACAAAUGAAAAAAGUUUUGAGAAUAUAGUAAAAUGGUUACGUAACAUAAAUGAGCACGCCAAUGAAGAUGUAGAAAAAAUGAUUUUGGGAAACAAAUGUGAUAUGGAAGACAAGCGUGUCGUGAGUAAGGCACGUGGGGAGGGUAUUGCCCGGGAACACGGAAUAUCAUUCUUGGAGACGUCUGCAAAAGCCAAUAUCAAUAUUGAAAAGGCAUUUACGGACCUCACAUUGUCAAUAUUAAACAAAACGCCUGGUCGUGAGCCAACAGACGUACCGGAAAAAAUCAACAUAGAUAGAAAAUCAGAUAGAUUGUCAAACCGUUGUUGUUGAGUUAGGCCGACGAUUAAGACAAUUUUAAAGUAGAUUUUAUUGACGGAUAUUUUAUAAAACAUCUCGAGACGCAGUUUUGCUAAGCUCUAAUAUGUUUAUAUAUAUUGUGUACCUUUAUAUAAUUUUAAUUAGAUAAUUUGAUUUUAAACCGUUCAAGUAGAUACAGUUUUUCAAAUUCUAAAACCAUGCUUAGCAAAAUUGUCGUCUGUAAAUCUGUUCCUUAUCGUAUAAAAAUAAAUGUAAAUAUUUAUGUUACCAUUAAUAAUAAUUUUAAAAUACCUAAUGCAAAUCAUGACGUCACCAUUAUAUUUACCUUAAAAAACGCAAAGGGCAAUUAAUAUUCAUUGGCUUUUAAUGGAACAAUUUUAUUAGUUGUUGUCCGGUGGAAGUUUUUUUUUUAAUACUUUAUUAUUAUUAUUUUUAACUAUUUUUUUCUACAAUAAAAUUGUGUCCCUGUUGGCCAAAUUUAAUGAAAACCGAGUGAGCUCGUAGGGUUGUUAUAAUCUGUAAGCUUACAGCUCCUAAGCUCAGUGUUGUAAAAAAAUAAAUUAUCUAUUUACUUAUUAUAGAUAUUUUUAUACAAAUAUUAUUUUAUAAAAAUAUAAUUCUAUUAGCCAAACACAAAACACUGUCAAAAUGUAUUCAAUAUACGGCUUUUAGUGUUAUUAUGUUUUAUUUGUAUUUUAUCACUAUAAUAUAUAUAUAUUUUUUUUUGUUAAUUUAUUCAUUAAAAAGAACGGAAGUAUUCACAAAUACAAUUCAAUUAUUUUUUUUGUUUAUCCCUAUUAUAAUUAUAUCUACAUGAUAUUAUUU